UCCCAAAAUAUGUUUCCCGCACUCCACCGCCCUCCCCACGCUUUCCACACCCCUCUCCUCUCUCUCUCUCUCUUCUCUAAAUCCACUCCCCAUUUCUUUCCUUUCAACUCCCACGGCGGCGCGUGUAUUCCACCACCCACCCCAUGACAUUCUCCCUUCAGUACUACCUAGUUAACCACCCAGCCAUCGUCGACUUCAGAUGGACCGAAGGGCAAACUCUGGGCUCCACUCCUCUGUUCCUCACCCUCACCGUAAUCUCCUACCUCCUCAUCACCUUCCUCCUCUCCUCCCUUCAUCUCCCUCCAGUCAAACCCCACCUCCUUAAACCCAUCAUAGCCGUCCACAACAUCGUCCUCCUACUCCUCUCCUUCACCAUGGCCGUCGGAGGCUGUCUCUCUUCGCUCCUCCAUCCACCUAACAUACACUGGAUCAUCUGCAUCCCUCCGAAAACACCGCCCACUGGGCCCCUCUUCUUCUGGGCCUACAUCUUCUACCUCUCUAAAAUCCUCGAGUUCGUAGACACACUCCUGAUCAUCCUCAGCGGCUCCAUCAAACGGCUCACAUUCCUCCACGUGUACCACCACGCGACCGUCGUGAUCAUGUGCUAUAUCUGGCUCCACACCUCGCAGUCCUUAUUCCCGGCCGUGCUGGUUACCAACGCGACCGUGCAUGUGCUAAUGUACACCUAUUACUUAUCGUGCGCACUGGGGUUGAGACCAAGAUGGAAGAAAGUGGUGACGGAGUUUCAGAUAGCGCAGUUCAAAUACAGCUUCGUGGUUAUGGCGGUGAUGCUGGGCUUCCAUUUCACUGGGUCUUCGGGAUGUUCGGGGAUCUGGGGUUGGUGUUUCAAUGUCGUCUUCUAUGCUUCGCUUCUGGUUCUGUUCGUGGACUUCCAUACAAAGAACUAUGGCGGAUCGUUGAAGAGCAAGAACAAGAGUGUUAACGGUGUUAAUGGUGUUAUUAAGGUCUGUGAUAUGGAUAAACGGUCCUAAUUUGAUGGGGGUUUGGAGUUUCUUCUUUUUAAUUUUAAUUUUUUUAAGUGUUUUUCAAAAAAAAAAAAAAAAAUUGCUUGCUAAUUCAAGGCAAGGGACAUUUCAAAAGAGAAAAAAAAUUCAAGGCAACGGUCAUGAUUGAUUUGCAUGUAUUGCAUGAAAUGUUUUUGCUUUUUUUUUUUUUUUUUAGUAUUUUCUUUUUUUCUUAAGUCAAACACUAAGAGUUGAAUUAAUUUGAUCCAAUUAAUAUAUUUGUAUUUACUCUAUACCCUCUAA